UAUUAUUGUAAGGUUAGAAUUUAUUAGCGGCAUAUUUUUAUUAUAAACAAUUAUAAACAUAAGUGAUAAACUUAUACAUACCGCAUUUGUGUGCAAAAAAUAUAGAAAAAGUCUGAUUUUUUAAAUUUGAGUAUAAUUAUCAAUAUCAAUUUCUAAAAUCACAAAUGUACAAUAAAAUGAAUGUUCGCUCUUUGUUAAGGUUAUAUUCCGCUAUUAAGCAUGUCAAUUUUGAGUAUAGAUUUUACUGUAACAGAAAUAUAUUAAAACUUCAUGAAAGAGGCAUGUACGAGGAUAUAUUUCCCAAUAAUAGUACAAAUGAAAUAGUAGAUUUGCUGCAUAAAUCACCACAAUGCGUCUAUGCUGGUUUUGAUCCAACAGCGAACAGUUUACACAUUGGCAACUUACUCAUCCUAAUGAAUCUCUUGCAUUGGCAGAGAGCAGGACAUCAAGUUAUAGCUCUAGUAGGAGGAGCUACAGGUUUAAUUGGUGAUCCUAGUCAUAGAAAGUCUGAACGCGUUGAAAUAGAAAAAUAUUUAAUUGAGGAAAAUGUCAAGUGUAUCACAAAGAAUAUAGAGACUAUUUUUAAUAACCAUGCAGAUUGUAUUUGGAAAAGCAAAAAAGAAGAUCUAAAACCUCUAAUUGUAGUAAACAAUUUGGACUGGUAUACAAGUGUAAAUGUUAUUGACUUUAUUCGAAAUAUUGGAAAAUAUUUUAGAAUGGGCACAAUGCUGGGUAGGUCUUCUGUCCAAUCACGAUUAAAUUCUGACACAGGAAUGAGUUUCACUGAAUUCUCUUAUCAAGUAUUUCAAGCAUACGAUUGGUUUCAAUUGAUGAAAAAGUACAAGUGUCGAUUCCAGAUUGGUGGAAGUGAUCAAAUGGGUAAUAUUAUGUCUGGACAUGAUUUUAUCACAAAAACUGGAAAAAAUGAAGUUUAUGGCAUGACAUUGCCGCUCAUAACAGCGGAAGGUGGAAAGAAAUUUGGAAAGUCUCUAUUGAAUGCUGUGUGGUUAUCCCCAACAAAAUCUUCCAGCUUCCAACUAUUUCAAUAUUUUAUUAGAACUAAAGAUUCUGAUGUUGAAAAAUUCUUAAAACUGUUUACGUUUAUAUCACUGCAUAAAAUUACUGAAAUUGUGGAUACUCACAAGAAAAAUCCAGAAGAGAGAAUAGCACAAAAGUUAUUAGCUGAGCAAGUCACACUUUUAGUACAUGGAGAGGAUGGAUUGUUGGCGGCAAAGCGUGCCUCCGCAGCAUUGUACGAUAAAUCAAUUGAAUCUUUUACAAGAAUGAAAGCAUCAGAGUUAGCAGAUGUGUUUGAAGGCGCAACGAUAACAGAUAUCUUAUCCGAACCAGGGAUUACAAUAUACGAUCUAGCAAAAAAAGCAAACUGCUUUAAAACUGAUCAUGAUGCACAACGAAUCAUAACAGCAGGUGGAUUUUAUAUAAAUCAUCAAAGAAUUACUAAUUUAAAUGAGGUAGUUGUACCUGGCAUACAUAUACUAAGUAAUAAUUUGUCAUUAAUUAGAGUUGGUAAAAAAACGUAUCAUAUAAUCCGAUGGCAAUAAUAUUAUAAAGAAUAUGUACAAAUGUAUAAUAAACAGAAUAACUUUAAUAGUUAUCAUAAAUAUAA